GGGCUGCAGCCCCCUCCAGCCGCCACGUCUCCUCUCGUGCCGCUGAUUUGUCCCGUUCAUGUUGCAGGACCCGCCCGAGCAGAGGGACGCGAUGGCCAAGCAGCCCCCCAGCGUCUGCCCCCCCGCGCAGCAGCACGAAGGAGCCGCGGGGUUCGCGUCCAACAAGCCGGACAACACGGCUCCGUGCGCGCCGCCCGCCGACCACCACCCCCACCACCACCCGGCGCCCCAGCCGCCCCCCUGCAACGAGAGCAAAACUUUUUGCCUCGCGGACAAUAAACCCGGAGAGCCGGACGCCAGCAGAGAGUACGGGACGUUUAAAAGCGCGCCGCCCGCCCCCGGAGGGGCGGUGGUCCUCAACUCCGCCCUGAGGAAAGACUCAGGCUCGGGCCGAGACCCGCUCCGGGCUCCGGCGGAGCAGAACAACACCGCGGGCAACUGGGCCGCCAUGAGCCAGACCACCAUCAUACUGGGAACAGAUGGGAACACGUCUGUCCAGCCCGGGACAUUGGCGGGGGCGGAUGAGGAUGAUGAUGACGACGGAGGAGAUGAGAAUAAGGCCAGAGGAAACUGGUCCAACAAGCUGGAUUUUAUUUUGUCCAUGGUGGGCUAUGCUGUGGGACUGGGGAACGUGUGGAGGUUCCCUUAUCUCGCCUUCCAGAACGGUGGAGGUGCUUUUCUCAUCCCCUAUCUGACCAUGCUGGGCAUCGCCGGGAUCCCCAUCUUCUUGCUGGAGGUGUCUCUGGGCCAGUUUGCCAGCCAGGGCCCCGUGUCUGUCUGGAAGUGCAUCCCAGCUCUGCAAGGUUGCGGGAUUGCCAUGUUGAUAAUAUCUGUCUUGAUAGCCAUAUACUAUAACAUUAUAAUGUGCUGGACACUGUACUACCUGUUCGCUUCGUUGAAGGGCUCACUGCCAUGGGCUAACUGUAGGAAUGAGUGGAACACGCUGGAAUGUAAGGACAAAGACAUGCUUCUCUUAGACUCGUGCAUCUUGCGGGACAGAAACAGCAUUUCCAUCAAGAACUCCACUUUCUGUUUGUCGGCGAACGCUGCUGGAAACCUGACGAAGCUGCUGAAUAUGACUCUGGACAGCAACAAGACCUAUGUCAGCCCCAGUGAGGAGUACUUCAAGUACAACGUGUUGCACAUUUCUAAAGGGAUUGAAUAUCCAGGAGACCUCCGCUGGCCUCUGGCAGGCUGUCUCUUCCUGGCCUGGCUCAUCGUCUACGCCUCUUUAGCCAAAGGAAUCAAGUCGUCAGGAAAGGUGGUUUACUUCACAGCCACGUUUCCCUACGUGGUGCUGGUCAUCCUUCUGAUCAGAGGAGUGACCCUCCCCGGCGCCGCCGACGGCAUCCUUUACUUUAUCACUCCUAAAUGGGAGAAACUUAACGACGCUAAGGUGUGGAAAGACGCAGCCACCCAGAUCUUCUUCUCCCUGUCGGCUGCGUGGGGAGGCCUCAUCACGCUCUCCUCCUACAAUAAGUUUCACAAUAACUGCUACAGAGAUACCAUUAUAGUGACUUGUACAAACAGUGCCACCAGCAUAUUUGCUGGUUUUGUCAUCUUCUCUGUCAUUGGUUUCAUGGCCCAGGAGUUGAAGGUGCCCAUAGAGCAGGUUGCAGAUGAGGGUCCGGGCAUAGCGUUUGUGGUGUAUCCGGAGGCUCUGACCAGACUCCCUCUGUCUCCUUUCUGGGCCAUCAUCUUCUUCCUCAUGCUUCUGACUCUUGGACUUGAUACGAUGUUUGCCACCAUCGAGACCAUCGUAACAUCCGUGUCAGACGAGUACCCCAAAUACUUGAGGAAACACAAACCAGUCUUCACUCUGGUCUGUUGCAUCGCUUUCUUCAUCCUGGGCUUUCCCAUGAUAACAGAGAGUGGGAUGUACAUGCUGCAGUUGGUGGACACAUACGCAGCCUCCUAUUCUUUGGUCAUCAUUGCAAUCUUUGAGCUGGUUGGGAUCUCCUACCUUUACGGUCUGCAGAGGUUUUGUGAGGACAUCGAAAUGAUGAUUGGUUUUCAGCCCAACCGAUUCUGGAGACUGUGCUGGGCCUUUGUGACUCCAACAAUUUUGACGGGUAUCCUGGGACUCAGCCUGUACCAGUGGAAGGGGAUGACGUACGAGGACUACACCUACCCCACCUGGUCCAUGGUCAUGGGCUGGCUCAUGGUGAUCUGCUCUGUAAUCUGGAUCCCCAUCAUGUUUGUCAUUAAGAUGCACCUGGCCCCCGGCACCUUCAUCGAGCGUCUGAAGUUGGUCUGCUCCCCUCAGCCCGACUGGGGUCCCUUCCUGAUGAAGCAUCGUGGAAAUCGCUACAAGAACAUGAUCGACCCAUUAGGAACCAGCUCCCUGGGUCUCAAACUGCCCCCUAAGGACUUCCAGCUUGGUUCCUACCAGUAGCAGCCAUCCCCCGCAGUUUCCAACCCUUUCAGGAGGCACAGAGUGGGGUGGAUGCCUACCUCCAGGCUGUCUUUUACGCUAUUUUUCCUCCUUUUUCUCGACACUCUGUUUUACUAGCGUCCCACGUCGCUCUAUUUGCUUCUUCUCUGUACUGUUGAU